AUGGCCAUGGUUUUUUUGCACCUCGGACACUGCCGAGGAAAAGGAGAUCACAAAGUGACUGUUCACGUGGGACCCACUCCGGGGUACGAGUCCGCCGGCCGCCAUGACGCCUACACGGGCAACGGCUGGGGCAAAGGCGCCGCAUGGCACCUGGAAGCGCAAGAGAUACCGGCAGACUACCAACUUUAUCAUUUCAAGUCAGGUGCUGGGGCGGAUGGUCGAAGCUCUGGAGUU